AUGGCUCAAGAUCAAGAGCCUGGUAUUGACACUGCGAAAAAUACGUGUGGAGAAGUAAAUGUAGAGGGUUGCUCAACGCUUCCACCAAAUCCAGUGCCAGCGGUUAGUGAACCUAAUACUGCUUCUAGAAAAAGAUCAUGGGUGUGGAAUUAUUAUGAUGUGCCUAAAAAUCAAACUGGUAAACGUAAGGCGUUUUGUAAAUUUUGUGGAAAAGGUUAUGCUGCUGAUUCAAAACAUAAUGGUACUGGGGCUUUGGGUAACCAUUUAAUUAAUGUAUGUACUGCUGAGGAUAAUCCAUUGAGGAUUAUGACCAAAGAGAACCAAUUGGUAAAGGGGCAGUCCACUUUGGAUUUUAAACCCUUAACGCCUGGUGAGGCAGCUACAUCAUUGACAAAACCAUUUAAUGAGAAGAAAGCAAAGCGAGCCUUAGCCCGCAUGAUCAUAAUAGAUGAAUUGCCUUUUAGACAUGUGGAGGGUGAGGGGUUUAGGGCAUUUGUACGUGAAAUUUGCCCUAGAUGGACUAAACUUCCUUGUCGUAAGACAAUGACUUCAGAGUGCCUUGAAGUGUAUUCGAUUGAGAAGAAUAAUUUGAGAAAGGCUCUUAGAGGGAAACGUGUCUGUCUCACUACAGACACAUGGACCUCUGUCCAAAACUUGAAUUACAUGUGUCUCACAGGACACUUCAUUGAUAGUGAUUGGAUCAUGCAUAAACGAAUUCUGAAUUUUUGCAUUGUAGAAGAUCACAAGGGUUCAACACUUGGAAAAAUUGUGGAAACAUGCUUACUGGGUUGGGGAAUAGAUAAGAUUCUUACUCUUACUGUUGACAAUGCAUCCUCAAAUAACUUGUUGAUUGAUUUCUUGAAGAAAAAGAUGAAAUCUAGAAAAUGCACUUUAUUGAAUCAUGAAUUAUUGCAUGUGAGAUGUUGUGCACAUAUCUUAAAUCUUAUUGUUUGCGAUGGAUUAAAAGAUAUGGAUGAGUGCAUAGUCAAGGUAAGAAAUGCAGUGAAAUGGGUUAGGUCAUCUCCACAAAGAUCAAAACUUUUUAAAUUAUGUGCAGAAAAAGAAAAGUUGUCAUGCAAACAUAAUUUGGUUUUAGAUGUGCCUACAAGGUGGAAUUACACUUAUGAAAUGUUAGAGAGGGCUGAGAGUUACCAAAAAGCUUUUGAAAGAUUAGAGGAGGAAGAUACCAGCUUUUUACGUGCAGCCGCUUAUGAGGAUGAGCAUUGUGAGGGAGGAAGGAGAAUUCUUUUUGGGGUUCCUAAUGCCGAUGAUUGGGAUAAAGUGAGGUUGUUUGCCAAGUUUCUUAAGCUUUUCUAUGAUGCAACUUUGCGCUUUUCAGGCACUAAAUUUGUCACAGCUAAUAGUUUUGCUAUGGAAUUGUUGACAAUUCAAGAUACAAUUGAGCACGAGUGCAAUGGUGGAAAUGUAGUGUUGAAAAGUGUUGCUGAAAACAUGAUAGCCAAGUUUAAAAAGUAUUGGGGAGACAUUGAUAAGAUGAACCCCUUGUUGUUUGUUGCACUUGUGCUUGAUCCUCGAUACAAGUUGAAGAUGAUAGAGUUCUCUUUUGAUGUAAUGUCGGGGAUAGCAAUCAAAGUGAAAGACACUUUGAAUCGCCUAUAUAAUGCAUAUCUAGAAGGUGGUAGUGUUUCUAAUACACAAGGAAUUGUGAGUCAACAGUUGUGGAGCAACGAAAUGCCUCCUACGGAGACUAGGGCAACAAGAUUGGCAAACUUUCACAAGCAUUUGAAGGAAUCCCAAUCUAUGGAAAACAAGAAUGAAGUUGAGAAAUAUUUGGUGGAGAGUUUGGAAGAGGAUAAUGAAAAUUUUGAUCUACUUGCAUGGUGGAAGGUUAAUGCAAGUAGCUACCAUGUACUUUCAUUGAUUGCAAGGGAUGUCCUUGCAAUUCCUGUGUCCACAGUGGCUUCUGAGUCAACGUUCAGCACUGCUGGACGUGUUAUUGAUUCAUUCAGAAGUUCUUUGUCUCCUACUGUGAUCGAGUCCCUCAUUUGCACCCAAAAUUGGAUACGUUCUUCCUCUAUGUCAAUUAGUCUUCGAGAAGCCAUGGAUGACGUUGAACAUUAUGAAAAGAUUGAGAAUGAGUUUAUGGAAAAAUGUGGCCUUACAAAUGUGGAGGAAGAUCAAGAUGUUGCUUGA